UGCACGUGGUCUGUUGUUUACUUCUUCCAGGAACGCUGGAAGUACAGCGGCAGGAGGAGGAGGAGGAGGGGGGAGCGGUGAAAUUGUGAAACAUCUUUCCUGGAUAGAGUUACGGUACUCAGCAUUUGGAAAAAGACGCACAGACCGACAGUAACACCGGGAAAAUGUCGAACUGAAUUCCCUCAUAUUUCCCCCUCUUCAAAGGCUCCUUAAACAGCGCGAGACCUCAACAAUAAAGACUAGAAUGCUUCAGCUUGGAAACCUGUUUACCCACUUUCAUCUCAGCUCCAAACCUUCAGAAAGUGCCGAGGGCCAGAGCCAGCUGCACACACAGACACUACCUGAGUUUUUACAACAUGUCAGGAAACUCACCGGGCUGAGAAAGGAAGAUGUUUACUGCAAUCUGCGUAUCCCCGACCAGUUUCAGACUACCAAAGACGACAUCAACAUUGUUAUCCUCACAGGCCAUGGGAUCUUCUGUAUUGAUGUAAAACCCUGGAGAGGCACAGUGUCCGCUCACAACCAAAACUGGCAUGUGCAAGUGAAAGAAAAGGACCAAAACUUUACCAACACCUGCAUUGAACAGACUGAAGAUCCCCUCAAGGCUAUCAUGACCAAGACGGCUAACUUAUGUGGCCAUUUGAAGAGGAGUGGAGUGUCCGUGCGCCAAAGCCUUUUCUUCCCCAGAGUCAUCUUCCUCUCCCCAGACUGUGAGCUGGAGGAGGAGCUGAGGAAGAGGAGGGAGCUGGUCUCCCACAGCCAGAUAGACGACUUCCUCAGGUCUUUCAGGGAGGGCUACAUGGCCUGGAUAUCAGAUGCAGUGACUCCCUCCUGGCUCUCUGGUCAUCUGUCGUACAGGCAGAUGGAGUCAGUGCGGGAGGUCCUGAUGAGGGUGGGAACAUGGGAUCUGGUGAGGCUGCACUGUGGUGAACAGCUGAAAGGAGACUACCAGGGCUGCCAGUACAUCGCUCUCAACCGGCAGGAGACCGACACGCUUGAGUUUUCCAGAGUCAAGACCCUGUCAGCUGAUUCACUGUGGGCCCUACUGGGACACGUUCCUCAGGUAACAGUUAAAAUGUACAAGCGUGGAUCUCAUGGCUGGCUGGGUAAAUCCCUGAGCGCCACCACCACCAUCCCAUCCAACACCUUUGUGAUCUUCAGGAUCCGUGGGGAGGAAGCGGAUGCUAAAAUCCCAGCCAACACCAUUCACAGCAUCACACUCAGCAUAUAAUUGUGUGUAUGGGCAAUAAAGAGGAUAGCCAUGACAACAAAUGAGCAGAUGGGAAAAAACAAACAAACUCUUUAUUCAGCACAAAUCUAAUCACAUUUUAAUGGAGUGCCUUUUACUAUGCAGUGUUUGUAUUUUGUUACAUUGUACUAACAGUACAAGUUCUGAAUGUCUUCAUGCGAGCAUUUAUUGAAAAAAAAAAAAAGAAAAGAAAAAGGCCCAUUUGCCUAUUUUCCUGACUCUCCGAUCCUCAGUGGCAAUAUUAUGCUAAUGAAAAUGGUUUCAGACAAUUAGCCUGAUUAAUUUUCUCUUGUUUUGAAUUUCUAGGGCUAGCCCACACUUUACACUAGCCAUUAUUUAAUCAUUAUGUUAGCUGAUUGUGUCACAUCAGUUCAGAAAUGAAGUGUUUAAUGUGUUAAUUGUGGCAGUUAAAAACCGGUGGCCUCUAGUACGAUGAGGGCCGAGCAUGUUCCUGCCUGUAUGGGUUUAAUGGGAAGUGAUUUACGGUCUGUUUAGACGGUGUAACUGUAAGGUGCUUUAUUAAUAUGCUCUACAGCACAGAGAUGAUAACGUAUUCAAGAGCGCACAGGCGCGGGCACCAGCACCAUUCAUAACUGUGUCUGAGUCACUUUCCAUCAGUUACCAGGCUUACACAGCUGCGCUAACAGCUAGCAAUUGUAUUUACUGGGCCUGGUAGUGGCCAAAAUGAAGUUAUUUCCAUCAAGAUAUCAGUGCCUUUAGCUAAUGCAAUAGAGGGAGCUCUCUGUGUUGAUGGUAUCUCUUUGCAUGGCAUCUCUCUACCUGAAACAUCAUUACACUGUACUCAAGCUCCUCACUUUUUCAAAUGUCUGUUUACUGUUUUACCUGAGGGACAUAUUAUUGGUAGUUGUGGAAACAGUGCUGGGCUUUUUGCAUCAGCAGGCACACAUUUUUUAGACUUUUUUUUUUUUUUUUACAAAUCAGUCAGCAUCGCUUGAAUUUGUAACUGUUUUGAUAAAUUCAUUGUCUUUGCAUAUUUAAACUUUAAUAGUGUCCUCAGGAACGGCUUUCUCCUCAGCACUUGACAAACAAUAUUGACAAUAUCAGAUGAUCUGGGAUGAGAAGGAAAUGACUACGUGUAAUUCUGAUAAGGGGUGGGUGCAUGCAGGUGUUACUGUGUUUUCAUUAUAUAUUAGAAUGAAUGAUGUGGUCAUUUUUAUAAAAACUUCAAGCACUUUUAGCAUCAAGCCAACUCAAGAAGCAUGAUUGCUAACCAUACGCUUCAGUUGAUUGAUAUAAGCAUGGUGGUUUUAUUCAUUGGUGUGUUUCUUAGUCGUUUUGUGUUCAUGUUUACACGUAUUUGUACUAUCUGGUGUCAUAAUAAACAGAUUUAAUGAUUCA